AUGAGAUUGUCAUUCAGAAGAAUCAUAUUCUUGGUGUUGGUGCUCCUAUCACUACUGCUUAGCAUUCUACUAUUGCAAUCAUCUACUACGCUCAAACAGCGAUGGAAUGAGGCUUGGGAUACAGAGAAAUUCGAUCUAGACUCAUACAAGGCACAUAAUCUUGAAACCAGACGAGAUUUCCACUACAUAAACUAUCUAUACCUGGGAUACUAUAAUUUCACCAAAGUAUUUGGUAAUGACAUAGAUCGAAUCAAACAAACUCCGCUUAAAGACAAGUGUAACGUCUAUUUCAACCAAUUUUACCAACGCAAUCCUGAUUGGAGGCUAUUUACACAUAAUUCACCUGACUACAGAUUUGACAAAUCUUCUGAUAAGAAACACCUUUUUUUCAAGGAGGAGCAGAAACGCCUUGAGGACAAGUUUAAGAAGGAGAAGCGAGGCACGGAUGAACAGUUUGUUUUGACGAGACAGGAUAAUAGAACCAUUCUGAACCAAUUCAAAGAACACAUUGCAAGAUCGAAAGAGAUCAUGUACGAAAUGGCUGAUGUCACCACUCUGUUGCGAGUCUACGGCAAAUGCUUUGUUGAUCAGCCAGAGUUGGAUGACAAUCAAAAAAAGACAUUUGACGAUUUGAGUUCUAAGUUCUUUCCGUUCUUGAGCCAACAACUUCCCAUGUUCAAAGUGCAAGGGGAGGAUAGGUCCACUGGAUGGCCAAUUAUCAAAGAUGAUGGAUCUGUUGAAUACAAAUCGGACGUGGUUGGCGAAAACUACAUCGACUUUGUGAAGAAACACUCCAAGGGUAAAGGCAUUGUGAUUUCAGCGGCAACUAGACACGCCAAAGAUGUCAUGAAGUUGGUCAUGAUACUACGGGCUCUUAACAAUGAGCUUCCAAUACAGAUAAUGCAUAAGGGAGAUAUAACCAAGCGUUCGCUUGAAUGGAUUGAAAAUGCAGCGACAGCGGAUGUGGCGGAGUUAUUGAACCCUGACACCGACACUAAUCAAGGAAGUUAUAUGCCUGAGUUGAAACUAUUGGAAAGUUACAAGGACUUUGGGUCAUAUUUCCCUAAACAAAAUCUUCAAUUUGUCAAUAUCAUCAAUUGUAUCAACAAGAAGUACAAGUUUCAUUUCCCUGGUUACUCCAACAAGAUAUUGGCUGUGUUUUUCUCAAGUUUUGAUGAAGUGUUGUUACUUGAUGCCGACACGGUCCCACUAACACCGCCAAAGGACUUUUUCGAAUCACAAGAAUAUCAAAAAUCCGGCACAUAUUAUUUCCAAGAUCGAUCAUUGAGAGAUACCAAUGAUUUCAUUGAGACUAAUUUUUUCACAACUUUGUCUCCAGCUAAUGAGAAAUCCAUUGACACGUUAUUUGACAUCCCUCGAAUCACUGAAAAGACAUUGAACAACAAAUACAUGACUGGGUGGAGACAUUAUCAAGAGGCAGGGGUAGUUGCGUUUAAAAAGAGCCAACAUUUCAUGGGCUUACUCAUGAUGUUCCCAUUAAUGCUUUGGACCGAACCGGUUCAUUCUUCAAUCUGGGGAGAUAAGGAAUUAUACUGGAUUGCAUUAUCAGCAGCAGGAGAUGAGAAUUAUGAGUUCAACCCCGUUUCUGCAGCUUCAAUUGGUGAAAAGACUACACUUUCAAACAGGAAAUUUUACCCCAAUUCACCCAGCAAUGAGGUAUGCUCGACUCAUCCGGGACAUGUGAAUCAAGACGGGAAACUACUAUGGAUAAACUCCGGGUUUGGGUAUUGUAAAAAGAAUGGAUAUUUCCGCGAUCGAACCAAGUUCCCCUUUUCGGUAUUUGACAAGGAUGAAUUGAGCCAGUUGUAUAGUUCACCAUUGCAAAUUCGAGCAGCUUUAGUGCCUCCUGAUCUUCCACGGUUUAGACAACCAGGUAACCCCGUUGACGAUGAGCCUGAAGAACAGUUUAAAAGAUCGUGGAGAUUCCGCCAAAAGGAUAUCGAUGAGAUAAAUGAAAAGUUGCCACAGGGUGCCCAGAGAACGGAAUUUAUUACUGAGUGGGGUCCUCAAAAGGGGUGGGUUAAAAGCUCUAUUUGUUUUGGUUACUAUUAUUGUGCUUAUGAUAAAGUGCAAAGUUAUUCAGCUGACAAGGAGUUUGACGAGGGAAGAUUAUUCGAAUUUGAUGAGCAAAGUGUCAAGAUGUAUAAUUAUUUGAGUAAAGUUUGGAACACGGCAGCGUUGAGAAAACCAGGUUUUUCAAAGUCAAGCACGUGA